CUUUCCUUUUUUUUCUGUUGUUUUCUCAACAGAAGAGAUUUCCGGUCUCUCGGGCCUCUGCCCAAUGUGUUUCUCUUGUGGGGAAACAUUUUGUUGAUUUUACAACAACAAAAUACCAUAUGAGUUCAUGAUUGCCAUCAGUCCUAAAAAAAACUUGUUAACGGAAUAUAAAUUUAAUGGUUGAAAGAAGAUUUAAAAAAAAAGAGAAAUAGAGACAGGAAUGACACUGCUUCACCCAAAGAGGAUAUUGCCCCAUAUCGAGAGAAGGGUAUGUUACUGCACAGAGGCACAGACAUGUCCUGACGGUAGCCAUCUUUCCAGUGGAGUUCCGAACAAGGUCCCAGAGUGAUCAGUCUUAUGUGAAUGUGGAAUUCUUUAAACGCCAUGGUAUCUGCCUGGGUUCUCCCUAUACUCCUGGCAUUUGUGAAAGGAAUGAAAAAUGUCAACACGUCACUGUGUAGCGAGGUGCAGACUUCUACCCCUGUGGUGGCUUCAGGGUCACACGUCACAGCCUGGUGUGUCAUCAGCAAUGACUGUCCUCUGGCUGAGGGACAAGAUGUUCAUAUGCAGUGGCACCUUGGCCAGCACCUCCUUCCCAGCAGUCCUGCAGCAGCCAAUGAGAACGGGAGCAUCUCUAGGGUCUUCAUCUCCAACUUCACAGAAACCAGAGCUUUUCUCACAUGCUGUGUCCUGGUGGGCCAAUCAUGCCAAAAGGUUGGAGGAGUGGAGAUAAAAGCUGGAUUUUUACCUUCAGUGCCUCAGAACCUUAGCUGUGUCACUAAUCUCACUACACCAAGCACUCUGACAUGUAGCUGGGACCCUGGGAAGAACACCCAACUGCCAACACAGUACACCCUUCACACAGAGAUCAGCGACUUACCAAAGAGUGAGAGAAAGAAAAUGUAUGAAAUUCCACUGGGGGUCCAUCACUACACAAUUCAACGUGGGGAUUUUGUCCUGUUCUCGGAUAUGGAGAUAUUCGUAAGAUCAGUGAAUGCUUUGGGCCAAGCUACUUCAAAGCAUCUGCUUCUAGAGCCUGUGGCGUCAGCAAAGUUUGACCCUCCAAACAUUGUGGCAAUUCAAUCGGAGCCCAAUAGUAAUGGCUGUCUGAAGUUCUGUUGGAGUCUGUCUGAUCAGCUACUGUGGGUACCUGAGAACAGAUUAAACCUGGAAGUUCUACUGAAACCUGCAGACAAAGAGCUGUGGAAUGAGAAAAUGCUCCUAGCACCGAUUGUAAUCCCAGUGACCCGUGUGAUGCACGGUACGGUAUGUCGUCUACUCCAUGGAAAGGAGUACCUAGCACGACUCCGAGUUCGAUACAAUCAGAGCCCCUGGAGCGAAUGGAGUCGCAGCCAUGUUGGAUUCACCCAAGAAAAGGCUCCGACUGGAAGACUUGACUUUUGGACAAAGGUAUCUGGGGAGCAGAGGAAAAAUAAUCUCACUGUGUGCUUGUUGUGGAAGCCGUCCACCCAAUUUCGUGCCAAUAGCAUGAAUGUGUCCUACAUCGUCUCGUUCCUGAGAGCACGAGGGGAGAGAAUCCAAGUGUGCUCGACAUCAGCCAGCCGCUGUACUUUUCAGCUUCCCAGAGAAAUCAGAAGAGUGUAUCUCAGGGCUGUGAAUGCUGCAGGGAGGUCCGUUCCAACGGAAGUGCCUGUCAUUCUGAACAGAGCUCUGCCUGCAGUGUCAGAUGUCCGUGUGGUUUCUCAUGGGGACUCAUCUCUUAUGGUAGAGUGGGCGACGGUCUCGUUGUCGUCUGACAUCACCGGAUAUGUGGUAGAGUGGAGACCCUUGUGUGAAAGGGACCCACCCCACAUCUUCUUUGACUGGAAUGACAGAAAUCAAUCCAGCUUUGUCAUAUCACAGGGCAUUGAGCCGUAUAGGCCUUAUGGGAUCUCUGUGUACGCAACGUAUAGGCAUGAGAUUGGCAUUUCUCGAACCGUUGAAGCAUACUCUAGACAAAAGGCCCCAUCUGAAGCUCCAAUUCUGAGGAUUAGGAAGAACCGGCAUCCACAAAUUGAGCUGACCUGGGACGAAGUUCCUUUAACCAAAAGAAAUGGAAUCAUCCACAGCUACAAGAUAUUUUACUGGAAUAAACAGGGAAAUGUUAAAGUUGUGAAUGGAGACCUAACAAAAAGGAUAGCGGUCUUAAAUGAGAUCAGCUCAACAUCCGUCUUAGAAGCUUUUAUCAUGGUCAGCACAUAUGGAGGGAGUUUUAACGGGACAACAGUUCAGUUUGUCAAACCUGAGACCAUAGAUGCCCUGGAAGUUGUCAUGGCUGUGAUUGUAGUUUGUGUUGGUGUGUCAUUGUUUGUCAUCUUUACAGCUUUAACCUGUUUCACAAAGCAGAAGCGGCUGAAGACGUGCUUUUGGCCCAUGAUCCCAGACCCAGCUAACAGCAGCAUCAAGAUGUGGACCACAUCAGAAGAAAUCCAGGAUACUUCUCCAAUCCAGGAAUUGCCCUCAGUCUGUCUAUCUCAUCUCAGCUUUAUUGACAUCCCCAACAAAAUACUGGAGGAAGGGGGUGUAAAGUUUAAAGAUGACCCUUGGUUGGACUAUGGAAGUGGCAACGAUACCAGUGACCUAGGCGAGUCCAUUUGUGGCUCCCCUCUCAGCCCUGGUUACUCCGGGUCACAACAAGAAUCAGUUACAUAUGGCACUGUAAUCUUUGUUGGUCCAUAUGCGAGCCAACCAGCAAGUAGGCCAGAAUGCCAGACAGCUAGUCAGCCAGCCAGUCAGCCAGCCAGUCAGGCAGCAGCUCAGAAAGAGGCCCAGUCUCACAAAUACUUGCGGUCAGAGUCCACUCAGCCACUUCUGUAUGAAGAGGAGCCUGACAGCCCAAAGCCAUUCCUGGACACACACAUCUUUGACCAUGGACUACCCAGUGAAGAGAUGGCCUUUAGAGAGUGUCAACAUGGUGCCCAGGGACAGGGAGGGGUGGGCUUUCUUUGGGAAGACUUUCCUUUGCUUCAAGCAUUAACAAUGAAUGAUGCUGAAAAUGACAUUUAACCCCAGUUGUUGAUUAGACAUUAAAGAAAUGAUUGGAAUUUG